AUGUCUCAACCUUCUUCGGUUCCCAAGAUUCUCCUCCACCAUGCGGUGGAGAGUCGUGAUAAGGUGGCCUUCUCAGGCUCAGGCUGGGCAAUCACUUAUAGUGACCUCGAAAAACGAACCAGGCGCGUAGCAGCAAAUAUGGUGCGUGCCGGAAUAGGAAGGGGAGAUUUCGUAGCAAUUGUGCUGGGCCGAUGCCUUGAGGCUGUCGAGUCCGUGCUUGCAGUUACCAGAGCAGGUGCGGUGGGAGUUCCCCUAGAUCCGCGCUCACCGUCACCAGAACUGGCCAAGAUUCUUGAGCACAGUGGUGCGCGAACGAUCAUCACGGAUACACGACACUGCACUACAGUGUGCGCGGCUGCUGCAAAAGGAAGCAUGAUCAUUAUGACCACCCCAGCCCCUUAUGCGAACAUGAUAGAAGGAGAAUUUAGGACUGUGCAAUAUCAGGACUGGGCCGAAGAUGACGAGUGUGUGACCUCGCACAUCAAGCUGGACGACCUCAGUGAGGAUGAGGCAGCAUUUCUGCACUAUACUUCCGGAACAACAAGCUUACCCAAAGGGGUGUUGUCAAGCCAGAGAAGUGUUCUAUGGAACGCCAACAACGUUGCUUCGGUCUUUGGCUUGACAUCCGACGAUAGGUUCUUUUGGCCUCUUCCACUGUUUCAUAUCCUUGGCCAUUCGUUGUGCAUCACAGCCACCGUGGUAAUGGGUGCCAGUGCCCAUCUUUCCGACCCCGAUCAAACGCUGUCAGAAAACCUUUCGGUGAAGGGGGUUGAAGAAACAACGAUCAUAGUGGGUGCGCCAGCCACUUUCCAUGAGCUUGUCGCAGCGAAGAUCACGUUACCGUCUUCUCUUAAAUUGCCCAGAUUACGAUCAUGCAUGAGUGCAGGAUCCGCGGUACCUAAGUCUCUAUGCAUCCAGGUCCAAGAAUCUUUUGGUGUGCUACUUUUGAAUAAUUAUGGGUGCACGGAGACCUGCGGCGCUAUUGGCAUCAGCUGGCCAGGUGAUGUGUAUCGACAGCAUGGGAGCGUAAUACCACUCCCUGAAUGGGAGAUCAAACUGAUAGAUCAAGACGGAAACCAGGUCCGCGAUGGUGAACAAGGUGAAGUACGGGUACGCGGCCCUGGUCUGAUGCUUAAAUACUACAAAGAGACCCAGACGCCCUUCACGGAAGACGGCUGGUUUCCAACCGGUGAUAUAGGGGUCCUGUCAUGCUCACAUACUGAGAAGGAGUUGACUCUGGUUGGCCGGAAAAAGGAAUUGAUUAUCCGAGGGGGUGAAAAUAUCCAACCCGCCGAACUGGAGGAAGUCUUGCUACAAUAUCCUGGUGUGGCCGAUGUUGUUGUUUCUGGCAUCCUGCAUCAACUGCUUGGAGAGACGCCUGGCGCCUUCAUUGUCAAGAGUUCUCCGGACCUUGACCUCGACUUAUCGGCCUUGCUCGCUGUAUGCCGAGAAGCUCUGCCAGAUUAUAAAGUACCCACAACAUUUUAUGAGAUCGAUUCUGUACCUCGAACCCUCUUGGGUAAACCGAGACGAUUGGAAGCGGCUUCAUCUACGAGUAGACCACUCACUGUUCGCUCCAAGUUGCAGUCACGAACCUCUGUCGAGGCAUUAGUGCUCGCGGAAACGGCCGCAGCAUGUGGUGUGCAAGCUCAACCAGGGGAGAGCGAUUCAGACCCGGAAUGGCUUCGUAGCUAUUUUGACCAACCAUUUUACUUUCUCGGCCUAACUUCCAUGGCCGGUGUGGUUCUUCGAGAUCGACUUGCCAGCCUCACUGGCUUGUUCAACCUACCAAACACCCUGGUGUUUGACUACUCUACGCCGGCGGCAGUAAGCGAGUACCUUUGCAGCCGCCUUUCGGAGCUCGAAUCGCCAUCGCCACGUAGAUCGCAACCCAGUACGACCGUGCAAAGCACCUCCGAGCCAAUCGCAAUCAUCUCCAUGGCCUGUAGAUAUCCUGGAGGUAUCUCUUCGCCUGAUGACUUGUGGCAACUCGUCUCGGAUGAGGUAGACGCGACGAGUGACUUCCCAGACGAUCGUGGGUGGAAUGUCGAUGACUUGUACAGCACUGACCCAACCGCGCCUUUCACCUCAACAACGAAGCGAGGUGGUUUCCUCCCCGACUUUGCCGACUUUGAUGCAGGCCUCUUUGGUAUGGCACCACGGGAGGCACUCGCCACUGAUCCCCAGCAGCGACUAUUGCUGGAGACUACGUGGGAACUAGCCGAGCGAGGAGGAAUUGCUCCGUUAUCGCUGAAGGGUACCCAAACUGGUUGCUUUGUCGGCAUUCUAUACGAUGAUUAUGAAGCGAAUGGCUUUGGUAAUGUCGCACAGUCUCUACGAAAUGGAGAGUGUACACUUGCCAUUGCAGGAGGUGUGACAACCAUGGCGAGUCCUAGGCCAUUUACCAUGUUCAGCAAGCGAAGAGGCCUUUCUGCAGAUGGAAGAUGCCGAACAUACUCAAAUGAUGCGGCCGGUACUGGCUGGUCCGAGGGAGUAGGCCUGAUUAUGCUCGAGAAGCUGUCGGACGCCAAGCGCAACGGUCAUCGUAUUCUUGGUCUGAUCCGUGGCUCUGCAGUUAACUCGGAUGGCACAUCGAACGGCCUGACGGCUCCAAACGGUUCUGCGCAGCAGAUGUGUAUCCAAAGUGCUCUGGCCCAAGCGAGGCUAUCGCCGACAGAUGUAGAUGUUCUUGAAGGCCAUGGGACUGCGACGCCUCUCGGUGAUCCUAUCGAGGUACAGGCCGUAAUCAACUCUUACGGAAAUGGUACAAAUGAUGUUCAACGGUCGAAUCCAUUGCUGCUAGGCUCGAUAAAGUCCAACAUUGGCCAUACGCAAGCUGCGGCAGCCGUUGCAGGAAUUAUUAAGAUGGUACAGUCUAUACAUCAUGGUGUUGCCCCUGCGUCAUUACAUAUUCGCGAACCUUCACGGCAUAUAGAAUGGGAAGGAAGUGGCGUUGAAUUGCUUAACAAGGCUACGAAAUGGCCAACUGUGGAUAGGCCAAGACGUGCAGCGGUAUCGUCUUUUGGCAUUGGAGGCACAAACGCGCAUAUCAUUCUGGAACAACCUGAACCGGCCGACCAACCCCAUCUCUCUAUAGUCAAUAAUCGCAACAUUGCCUAUCCAUGGGUUCUAUCGGGUGCAGACGAAGGAGCUCUACGCGCCCAAGCUCAGACACUACUGACAGCCUGGCGUGGCGGCCUUGAUAACGAGGAUCCUGCCGAUAUUGCAUUUUCGCUUGCAACCGCAAGAUCUGCUCUCAAGUAUAGAGCAACGGUAAUGUAUGCAAUUGGGGAUGAAAACAGCGAUCAGAUUGAGACCGCCCUUACGGCCCUUGGCCAGGGAGAACCACACCCUGAUAUCGUGACAGGACAGAACACCACAAGCAACAAGCCACGCCUUGCAUGCCUGUUCUCAGGCCAAGGUAGCCGUAUGCCUGACAUGAACGCAAUAGAAGAGCUUCGGGCCGUCUUCCCUGUUUUCUCUCAGGCAUUCCAGGCAGCUUGCGACGAAGUGAACCAGCACCUCGAAUAUCCUUUAGAACACGCUAUCGGUGAUAGUACCCUUCUGGGUCGUACUGAUUUUGCCCAAGCCACCUUAUUCGUCUUUGAGGUGGCCAUGUACCGCCUCCUCGAGUCUUGUAACGUCCGGCCUGAUGUGGUAACUGGACAUUCGCUUGGAGAAAUUGCAGCAGCGCACGUCUCUGGAGCCCUAUCUCUUUGCGACGCAUCUAUCAUCGUCACAGCGCGAUCCAAGCUUAUGGCUGCUUUAGAUCCCAACGGUGGUAUGGCGAGCAUUUCGGCUACCGAAGAGGAAGUCGCCGAGGAACUGUUACGGUCGGAAAGCUCAGCUACUAUAGCGGUAGUGAACUCCCAGCAAUCGGUCGUGGUAUCUGGAACUCUGGAGGCUAUUAAGGCCAUCGCAGACAAGUUCACAAACGUAGGACGAAGAGCUACUGUGUUGCGGAACAUCAGGCAUGGCUUCCAUUCCCCAAUGAUGAACGGAAUUCUGGAGGACCUCGAAAAAACUCUGGUUUCGUCAAUCGAGGGAGGGAAAUCAUCAAUGAUACCACUCGUCUCGACCGUCACAGGCAAGCGAGCCAACGUAGCUCAGCUCAGCUCUCCAAAACAUUGGACGCGCCAUGUGAGCGAGCCAGUCCGCUUCGCCGAAUCCGUCAAUGAGCUCCUAUCAAGCGAACACAUCUCUAUAUUUGUGGAAGUCGGUCCCUCUGCAGUCCUCUCUCCACAUGUUCCGGGUACGGUCGCCACACAUAGCACAGUCGGCAAGCUACUGAACACACUGGGCCAGCUUUGGUCCAAAGGGGUACCAGUAGAUUGGCGCGCUGUUUUUGCUGGUACAGACGCACAUCUCGUCGAUCUGCCUGUCUACGCCUUCCAGAGGCGUAGAUACUGGCUACCAUAUACGCCACUGUUGCCAGCAGAUUCCAUGGGUGCGGUUGUAACCCGGCCUCAAACACCGGAUGCGGUUGCAUCUACACUAAAUCAUGGGGUGCUUGUCAGCGCCACAUCGAUUCCUGGCACAAACAACAUCGUGUGCUCUGGCAUACUGUCUACAGCUAGACAGCCCUGGCUUUGCGAUCACGUCAUAGGUGAACAAUCAAUCGUUCCUGCAACCGUAUUUGCCGAACUGGCCGUACGAGCUAGCCGUGAAUGUGCAGAAUCAUCUAAGUCUAAGCAGAUGAUGCUAGACGAGUUGGUUAUCAUAUCGCCGUUGGCUUUACCCUUAGGGGACGAGGAUAAUGAAAAAGAAAUGCAGAUCCAAGUCACCAUAGGAGAGCCACAGUAUGAAGGGAGUAAUAUGCGACGAAGCAUCAACGUGUUUUCUCGUCCCAACGGUGUUGCAACACAACAUGACUGGACACAGCAUGCGACUGGCGCACUGAAGUUAACACCGUCACCAAGUCUGGGAGAAGCCUUGGUGUCAACUAACGGCACAUCUCCCAUAGGGGUAGACUCCGAGGUUGAUGUUUCCAAGGCAUAUGCGCUCCUGGAUGACAUAGGCAUCAGCUAUGGGCCAGCUUUCCAGGGUGUACGUGCCAUCUGGCGUCAGAAUAAUAGUGAGCUAUUGGUACAGAUCGAAUUGCCUCAUGUUCACGGUCAAAAACCGGGAUUCGUCUUCCAUCCGGCCUUGCUCGACGCUGCUCUGCAUGCUCCAAUCCUCGCAGAACCAGAGAAAGUCUCUAGCCGUCACAUUCGACUGCCAUUCUCAAUGAAAGGAUUACAAGUCUUUGAUGCGCCCGGCAGUAUCUCUGGCCCAUUUAUAGCACGCAUCCGUGAUUUGAGCGAGGAGAGUCUCUCAGUCACCCUUACAAACAAAUCGACGGGUACGCUAGUUGCUGAGGUUUCUGAAGUCAUGCUACGCCCCUUCCAGCCAGCGAUUGAAGGUGACCUAUACCAUAUAAAAUGGACUGAGCUGAGUCCUACUCACGCGGAUAAACUCGGUACUGCUGAUGAGACUAUUAUUGUCCGAUGUUCUCGCAACCUUGAGACAGCAGAAAUUCCCAUCGCAGUGCGUGAUGCCGUUACAGAGGCGCUCAGUGUGGUGCAAGAUUGGCGGGCUAAGAAAACAUAUGCCUCUGCUGGCAGCCGCCUCGUGUUCAUCACUGAAAAAGCGACGUCGAUUCCUGAUAUAAAUGUGGUCAGUGCCGCUGUAUGGGGGUUUGUGCGAUCUGCCCAGGCAGAGUAUGGUGGGGAGAACAUCGUGUUAAUCGACUUGGAUGGGUCCCCUGAGUCGCAAGAGACCCUAUCCCGCGCUCUUGCUACUAAGCAGGAAGUUGUGUCCCUGCAAGGUGGAAAGAUCAUGACUCCCAUGCUAAGCAAAGAAUCCCUAGUCUCAGACACUUGCCCUUCGAGGACUCUUGAUGUCAGCGGUACGGUCCUGAUCACGGGCGGCACAGGAGGACUGGGUGUCAUACUGAGUAGACACAUUGUGCACGCCUACGGAGCAAAGAAUCUUCUUCUAGUAAGCAGAUCAGGCAUCGAGGCACCGGGAGCUCGCAAGCUCCUCGAUGAACUAAGCAGUCAAAACGCAGCAGCCGUUCGUAUCGAAGCAUGUGACGUCGGCGACCGUGCACAACUAGCCGUACUCCUAAAAAGUAAUCACGAACACCCACCCAUCACAGCCAUAAUCCACUGCGCAGGCGUGGUAGAUGAUGGAGUCUUAACCUCGCAGACAGCAGCGCGUGUAUCCCGUGUCCUGCGUCCUAAGGUUGAAGCCGCGUGGAACCUGCACCAGCUGGCGCCGGGCACGGUGCGUUCUUUCGUGCUCUACUCAUCAUUCGUCAGCGUCAUCGGAAACGAAGGGCAGGCAGCUUAUGCCGCAGGCAACUCCUUCCUCAACGCGUUGGCCCGCUUGCGUGUUUCUCAGGGGUUACCCGCCUUGUCGGUGGCUUGGGGGCCCUGGGCAAAUGAUACUGGCAUGGCCGCCGAGAAGAAACUAGCCAUCCCAAAUCUCCGCGUCGCCAAUGCUAAGCCGUUUGGUGACCAACAAGGACUGUGGCUAUUUGACAGGGCACUACAGACGCCAGAACCCGUCCUCAUACCUCUGCUGUUACGCGGACCGUUCCCAAUGGUGCUGUUGCCCGAUGCGAAAUUCAAGCAUGACAAUACGUCCACUAGAGGCGAGGCGAAGACAGCUGCGGCAUGGCAUAAGAAGCUUGCCGCAGUCUCGCCAGAGAGCCGUCAAGAUACGUUGCUAGGUCUUGUGAGAGGAGAAAUCGCUGCGGUGCUUGGAUAUCAAGGACAGGAUAUGCUCCCAGAUAAUCCGCUAUCUGACCUCGGUUUUGACUCGUUUACUUCGGUCACACUCAGUAACAGAAUGAGAGUUUUGACCGGAUUCCGUGACCUCCCUGUCACACUGGCGCUUGACUAUGACACCCCUAAGGCGUUGGUGCAACACCUCUCAGAUCGAUUAAUGGCUGAACCAGAGUUCGAAGCCGAUUUCGACGGGUACAUUUCUGAGGAGGAACCCCUUUCAAGUGAUACAGCCAGUUGCACCGGCUUAUCCAGAAAUGCAAAUGCUCUUGACGACGUAAACCCCGAAGAGUUCCGUGGGUUGGCAAGACUUCACAGGCGACUUUGCAGCCUCGAAAAGUACACUGCGGCAGCAGACUUACUGGCCUCCGCCGCGCUGGCAUUGCCAACUUUUCCGAAGGACGGGUCGAGUCUGUCGAGUUACAUGUCGGAUCCCCAGUGCCUCGCCAUCGGUCCGUCAGACUCCAACGGUGUCAAGCCUUUGCCCCUAGUAUUCAUUGCCCCGUUUUUCCCACGCAUCAAGAUCGGGGGGGUUUGGCUCAGUGUGUACAGCGCCGUGGCGGCUGCUUUGAAUGGGAAGAGAGAUGUGUUCGAGCUUCCACACCCAGAAGGUCAAGUCGUUCCGGAGGACCUUGACACGCUUGCUGAGUUGCAUGCUAGUACGAUUCGAGAACAGUUCGCCGGCAGGCCGGGGAUCAUACUCGCAGGGUAUUCCGCCGGCGGCACUGUCGCAUAUGCUGUGGCAUCCAAACUUGCUCAGGCUGGAUAUCACACUCAUCUUGCGGGUUUCGUUCUAGUUGACACAUAUCUGACCAUGACGGGACGGGGCGACCCAGACUGGUUGAAUGCUCUGCCGGCCGAGGCUCUCGUGUCGCGUCUUGGAGGCCCUAAUCUUGGCGAGCCUCAUGGUAUGGGAGGUGACAGUCCUGUGGGAGAUUUAGACCUCGCACUAACCAAGGUGGGAGGGUACUUCCGGACACUGCAGGAUUGGAACCAAAAGCUGUAUCCCCUGCCUGAUUCAUUGUCAACCCUGUUCGUGCGUGCAUCGGAUCCAUCGGAGAAGAUGCCAAAGGACCCUGAUAUAUGGCGCCCGAAAUGGCAACGAGCGAAUGUUACGGUUGAAGUCCCUGGGAGUCAUCUGGCGCUCCUUGACAAGCGAUAUGCUCCUGCUAUUGCUAUUGAGAUCCAAAGGUGGGCAAAGCAGCAAUUAGUGGAUUAG